AUGGCUCUGCAGGAUCUAUGCAAAUUCCAAGACAUCUUUCAGGACAGCAGAACGGCCAGACAUUGUCUGGUGCCUGGUGGAAAGAAGACUGGUUGUAACUAUGUGAGUGGUUUUCCUUUUGGCAACAGCACAGGUCUGUUUACUUUUUACAUUCCAGUUGCAGAGUACCUGGAGGAAAGUCCAAUACAGUUUGGGCAAAUUAGCACUGUCCAGAGCUUCAGCACCCUCUCACCUCAGGACUGCGUCCUGCCAUCGUUCUUCUUACCCACAAGCCUUCCUUUUGCUCCUUCUCAGUCUGUCCCUCUGCCCUUCCCUAUGUCUCAUGGCACCACCACCUUGGCUUUCGUGUUUCAGGGCGGUGUGUUGGCUGCAGCAGACACUCGUUCCAGUUGCUCUGGACUCGUGGCGUGCCCAGCUUCCCAGAAGAUCCUGCCCAUUCACAGCCAUCUUGUGGGCACUACUUCUGGUACUUCAGCAGACUGUGCUCUUUGGAAACGCAUUCUGUCUCGAGAACUGCGGCUUUACCAACUCCGCCACGGUCGGCGGUUGUCCACAGGCGGAGCUGCCAAACUGCUUUCUCACAUGCUUCAUCCAUUUAAGGGAACUGAGCUGUGUGUGGCUGCCACACUGUGUGGGUGGGAUGGAGGAGACAUAGAUCGAUGCCAUAAUGAGGAUACAGAGACUGACCUUGGCGACUACACAGAAGCAACAAGGGGUCUGGGACAGUCUGCAGACACCAGUCCUGAUAAGCUCUCUUUGGCAAAGGCAAAGACUCAGAGCUCUUCUUCAACUCCUGGUGGUCAACAGGUCUUCACCAGAAAGAAAACAAGUUUCUCUGGACCCAGGCUGUUUUAUGUGUGCAGUGACGGUACUCGCCUGCAGGGAACACUCUUCUCUGUGGGCUCAGGAUCCCCUUAUGCUUACUCAAUACUGGACCAAGGAGUUAAAUGGGGACUGACAAUGGAAGAGGCCACAUCAAUUGCCAGAGAGGCUGUGUACAGAGCCACACACAGGGAUGCAUACUCAGGAAACAAUGUAGAUAUCUAUCACAUCUCUUCAAAAGGAUGGUCUCGCAGGAGUAGAGAGGAUUUGAAAGAGGAAUAUUACAGAGAAAGGGAAAGACUAGAGAGACGAAUGAGACAGGACCUGACUUUGUCCGAGUGA